GGUGCUAUCGAUAGACAAAAUUAUCGUUAGCAUGUGAAGCUUUAUUUGUUGCUGAACAACAAACCGAAACCUUCAGUAAAUUCCGUAAGGAUCAAUUUCCAAUAGAAUGGCAGGCAACACCAACAGUGACGACGAGUUCCAGGACGCGAUCGGGGAGGAGAUAACAGAAAAAGAGGCCACCAGCACGCGGCAGAGCGAAAAGGACGUGGAUGAGAUCGUGGAGAAGCAAAACCAGCUGGCGUUGGAUGACGAAGCGGAGCAGGGCGCGGCUGGCGGAGAUUCCAUCGCGACACCAUCUACAGUGGACUCUGAGCUAACCAUUGAGGAGUUGCGCGAACGGGAAAAGGAUCUCAGCCCAGAGCAGCUGGCAGCUAACAAAGAAAAGUCCGAUAAGCUGAAACUUGAGGGCAACGAGUUGUUCAAAAAUGACGACGCCGAAGGCGCCGCCAAGUCCUAUACAGAAGCUCUAGACAUUUGCCCCUCGGCCAGCUCCAAGGAGCGAGCAGUUCUCUACGGAAACAGGGCUGCUGCCAAGAUUAAGCUGGAGGCCAACAAAGCGGCCAUCGACGACUGCACAAAGGCUUUAGAACUGUGGCCUGAGUAUGUGAGGGUGCUUUUAAGGCGCGCCAAGCUUUAUGAGCAAGACGACAAGCCCGACGAGGCACUGGAGGACUACAAAAAAGUUACUGAGUUCGAUCCCGGGCAGCAGGAGGCUUGUGAGGCUCAGAUUCGCCUGCCGCCCAUUAUAAACGAGCGCAACGAGAAGCUCAAAAACGAGAUGAUGUCCAACUUAAAGGAACUGGGCAACAUGAUACUAAAACCGUUCGGACUGUCUACACAGAAUUUCCAAAUGCAACGUGAUCCCAGCACGGGAUCGUAUUCCAUAAACUUUAACCAAAAACCUAGCUAGUAAAUGCUCUGCAGAUGAACAAAUAAAGCUGUAUUCGUGGAUGAUGUGUAUAAUAAUA